AUGAUGAUCAUCAAGGGAGCCCUGCUACUAUGGUUUCUGAUGGCGGCUCGGGUAGCGAGAGCGGGGUACGGUACGGGUUCCGCAAAUAUCUUUAGCACUGGCACAUCGUGGGCAGAAACCUCUACGUGCGCCGGCAAUCUCGACGCCCCAAAAUUUACACCGAGGGCAGCAAAUGAGGCCACUUAUGAUUGGUAUAUGACUACUACUUCUGCUGGUGGUGGUCGUCGUCUUCCUCUAGCUAACAUCGGCUUUGAAAAUGUGUUAGGUGGCCACUCGGAAUCCUUACCUCUGAGGCCCAUACUCCAUCACAAUGAAUGGAUGUUUGCCAAUGGGUCGGUCUAUUGCUUGGAGGCUGUAGCCACCGGUGGUGCGACCAUCGUGGUGGAUGAGAAUGGCAUAUACGCGAACUGGGAAGGAACGGGCUUCAGCUACACGGAAACGAGACUCGACAAACCCGGUGCCGAGUACCUUGUCACGAUAGGUAAUGCCGACAUUGACGUCCACGACACCAUCCAUCUGAAAUCACGAGCACCGACGCAUAUACCGUGUUCCCUCAACAAGCCGGGCCAGACGCUACAGAUGAUGCCAAACGUCUUCUGGGCCAAUGCUCUGCCAGAUGCCGACGUUACCACCGACCUAACAAUCCAUGGUUCGCCCUUGACCACAACCGAUGGCGUGGGUUACUACGAAGAGACAUGGGGUGAUGCGCCGUUGCUAGUUAGCAAGCUAGUGCCCACUAAUGCCCGCCAAAGCGCCGGUUCCUUAAUACCCACAAUGGCCUCCCUGAGCCCAAUCCUUGUCGUCGGGGGCUGCGGCUUCGUCGGUCACCACAUAAUCCGCGAGGUCUUUGAGCAGGACUCCUCGGCAUCGAUCUCGGUCCUGGAUCUGCGUACCGACGCGAAUCGUGACCCACGUGUCACCUACUAUAGCGGAGACAUCACUCAGAAAUCCCAAGUUGAGAUGGUCUUCGCCAAGGUCAAACCCAAGACUGUCUUCCAUACCGUGUCGCCGCACCCGCUUCAGGUCAACCAUGAUCUCCUGGACAAGGUCAACAUCACUGGGACGCAGAAUCUCGUCGAGUGCGCCCAGCGGGCCGGCACCGUAGCCUUCGUGUACACGUCCAGCACGUCCAUCAUACACGACCACUAUGUUCCGUUGCGUGACGCCAAUGAAGAGGCCCCCGUCAUCUACCGCCCACAACAGCCGGAACACUACGCGCAUACGAAAGCCGUCGCCGAGACGCUUGUGCUGAAUGCAAACCGCGUUGGCGGCUUGCUGACGGCUUCUAUUCGCCCGACGACAAUUCAUGGGGAGGGAGACCUACUCGUGACGGCGAACUUGUGCCGCAAUGCCUACACGAGAAAAGCCCGGUUUCAGUUCGGCGACGGCAAGAACCUGAUGGAUAUCACAUACGUGGGGAACGUCGCGUAUGCCGAGGUCCUGGCCGCUAAGGCCCUGGUCGCCGCAUCAUCCUCUCCGCCGCUUCCUGAAUCGCAGCGUGUAGAAGGCGAGGCGUUUUUCGUGCGUAACGAUGAGCGGUAUCCGUUCUGGGAGAUCAACCGGAUGGCUGCGAGGAUGGCCGGGUAUCCCGUGGCGGAGGAGGAUAUCUGGGCCAUUCCGCUGUGGCUCGUUAUGGCUGGCGCAUUCUUGGUGCAGUGGCUUGUCUGGGGGCUCACCCUUGGAAAGAAGGAACCGCUAUUGACGACCAGGGUUGUGAGGCUCAUCACGAUCGAGCGGACGUUUUCGAUUGACAAGAUCAAGGAGAGAUUGGGGUACCGGCCGCGAGUCAGCACGGAGGAGGGGUUGCAGAGAGCAGUUAAUUGGUAUAUGCAGGAGGUAUAUGCGAAGAAGGACAAGACAAAAUGA